AUGUAUACCCCCCAAUAUUUUCGUCAUUGGAGACGUUCAUUAGCAACUACAACCCCUGAAGAUGACAAAAAAGAAUUUGGGGGUGAAGAAGAAAGAGAAGAUUCUUUAAAAAGUGAAGAUAACAAGACUGAUAGUUUUCUAAAAUCUUCAGAAAUUCAUCCAAAAAAUACAAGGGGAAAAGAUGAACAAAGCCUUAGAUUAGCCGGAUUGAGAAGAAAUUCUUUACUUUUGUUGUUUAUUUGGUUGGGGGUUGUUGCUACGUUGGCUUUAAUAUUGCUUAUUCUCAACAUUUCUCUCGUGCUUGUUUUACAAAUGUCCCCUCAAGGAAUGCGUUCUUUACGUAUUUAUUCUUUUACAAACCCAAAGACUGGUUAUUCUGAACCUGCCGUUCAUUUUUCUGCUGAACAAACUCAUUUGGGACAAGUUGUGGCAAAUAGUGGUAAAGUACUUGGACAGAGGGGAGUAAAUCUUGAGAUUCAUGGCUCUCGUGUGCUUAUUCAAACAGGGAAUGAGACUAAAACUGUUUUACAAGGAGGAGAAUGCAAGAUUGAAGGGGUUAAACAAUUCCAAAUUAGACAACCAGGGACAGAUAAAGUGCUGUUUAGUGCUCGCCACCCACUCGUUUCCAUCGACAGACGAAUCAAAAAAAUAUCUUCAGGACACAUUAUUACAAGUAAAUUGAGAUCUCCAAUAGAUGAAUCUAUUCACAUAACAGCUGAAGAUUUGGGGUUAAGAGGGAAUGAAAGGAUUCAAAUGGAGGCUAAAGCAAUUAAUUUUACAGCAAAGACAGGCAUUCGAUUUUCUACAACGGUGAGGAGGAAUAAAAUUAAUACACUCUGUUUCAAAAGUAUAACCCACUUUAAUUUUUUUACUUUUUUAGUUGCUUAA